AUGAAUGCCUCGCCGGAUGCGCGAAGAAUCACUCCCGAUUGGACCAGAAUCGUCCAGCUGACUGCUUUGCGCCUGUGCCAGUGGCCGAUGAAACUUGAGGAACUCUGUCACACCAGCCGGAGUCACACGGCCCAGGGCGCGUCCGGGCUGUGUGUGAGCUCCGCUAGAACAAGUGGGGCUCCAUACAAAUUACAGAUACAAUCCCUGUGCACAUCUACAUGCCGAAGACGUAGUCUCGGUACCAAUAGCCCGGUCUCGGCUGAUGACAUGCUAGGACAUAGUUUUUACCCCUACUACUUCGGCAGAAUGGUAAAACUCACAGGGGAAUCUGCCAGUUCCAUCAAAAAGCCAAUUGGCAACCACGACCGAGGCUGA